UGUGUAUCAAUGCCGGUAAGUUGGAGCCGGUUUAUGUACAAGCUGGUGACGUACACAUUUAAAAUGAUAAAAAUAUGUUAAAAUUAGAAAAUUAAGAACCUCUCACGCUUACAAGAUCUUAAAUUCACGCCAGAAUCUCUUCAAAUUUAGUAACAGUGUAACGAUUUCCUAAAUAAAUUUACCGGCGUUGGUUUGCCUUGUUUUCAUAACCUCAUAUCUUCGAAAAUGUUGGGAUUUGGAACAAAAACUCAAGAUCCGAAGAAACAAACCGGACAAAAUGUUAAUUUAGAAAAACAGGAAACGUUAUUAACCAUAUCGAUACUAACGUUAGCGUCAAUUUUGUCAUUUGCAACAAGAUUGUUUUCCGUUCUACGCUUUGAAAGCGUCAUUCACGAAUUUGAUCCUUACUUUAAUUAUCGCACUACCAAAUACUUAACAGAAAAUGGAUUUUAUUCAUUUCACAAUUGGUUUGAUGAUCGUGCCUGGUAUCCUUUAGGAAGAAUUAUUGGAGGUACAAUUUACCCAGGUUUAAUGGUAACAUCAGCAAUAAUUUACCACAUGUGUUGGUUGUUGAAUAUUACCAUCGAUAUUCGAAAUGUAUGCGUAUUUUUAGCCCCAUUAUUUUCAUCUUUUACAACCAUAGUAACUUACUUGUUAACAAAAGAGCUUAAAAAUUCUGGAGCUGGAUUGGUAGCAGCUGCAAUGGUUGCAAUCGUUCCAGGUUAUAUUAGCAGAUCUGUAGCUGGAAGUUAUGAUAAUGAAGGCAUUGCAAUUUUUUGUAUGCUCUUAACUUAUUACACUUGGAUUAAAGCUGUUAAAACAGGCACUAUUUUAUGGGGCACUUUAGCAGCUUUAGCUUAUUUUUAUAUGGUUUCAUCUUGGGGUGGAUAUGUCUUUUUAAUUAAUCUAAUACCUUUACAUGUAUUAACUUUGAUGAUAACUGGAAGAUUUUCUCAUAGGAUUUAUGUUGCUUAUAGCACAUUAUAUUGUGUUGGAACAAUUUUAUCAAUGCAAAUUUCGUUUGUUGGUUUCCAACCUGUUCAAAGUUCUGAACAUAUGUUGGCUUUAGGUGUAUUUGGUUUGUGUCAAAUCUUAGCAUUCGUCGAUUAUCUACGUAGUAAAUUAUCCCAACCGGAUUUUGAAACAUUAUUUGUAACCCUUCUUUACACAGUUGGGACAUUAGUUUUGUUAUUAGCCGGUGUUUUAACACUUUCCGGUAAAAUAUCGCCAUGGACGGGACGUUUUUAUUCCCUUUUGGAUCCCUCGUACGCGAAAAACCACAUUCCAAUCAUCGCAAGCGUCUCGGAACAUCAACCUACGUCUUGGAGCUCAUUUUAUUUUGAUUUGCAAAUUUUAGUGUUUCUAUUUCCGGCUGGAUUAUAUUUUUGUUUCAACCAGCUUACGGAUGCAAAUAUUUUUUUGAUUUUGUAUGGAGUUACUAGUAUUUAUUUCGCUGGUGUUAUGGUCCGUUUAAUGUUAGUUUUAGCACCUGUUAUGUGUAUAUUAAGCGGAAUAGCAAUCUCUCACCUUCUCUCGAAAUUUCUUAAACAUACUGAAACCAAACAAGCCCAUCAUGAUCAUCAUAAAAAGUCGAAAAAAUUAGAAUCAAACAUCGUGUUAAAAAAUGAAAUAUCUGGAACUUUUGUUGGAAUAACUUGUUUAUUAUUAAUCUCGUACACUUUUCAUUGCACCUGGGUUACUUCUGAAGCUUACAGUUCACCAAGUAUCGUUUUGAGUGCUCGAUCUCAUGAUGGAGGUAGAAUUAUUUUUGAUGAUUUUCGUGAAGCUUAUUAUUGGCUUAAAAUGAAUACACCAGAAGACGCUAAAGUCAUGUCUUGGUGGGAUUAUGGUUAUCAAAUAACCGCGAUGGCAAAUCGAACCAUAUUAGUUGAUAAUAAUACUUGGAAUAAUACCCAUAUCAGUCGCGUUGGUCAAGCUAUGGCCAGCACUGAAGAAAAAGCUUACGAAAUUAUGAAAGAACUUGAUGUUAAUUAUGUUUUGGUAAUUUUUGGUGGAUUAACGGGGUAUUCAUCUGAUGAUAUCAAUAAGUUUUUAUGGAUGGUGAGAAUAGGUGGAAGCACUGAAAAAGGAGCACAUAUAAAAGAAUGGGAUUAUUAUUCUCCAAGUGGUGAAUUCAGAGUUGAUAAAGAUGGAUCUCCAACUCUGCUCAACUGUCUAAUGUACAAAAUGUGUUAUUACCGUUUUGGACAGGUUUAUACAGAAGGGGGAAAACCUCCAGGUUAUGAUAGGGUACGAAGCGCUGAGAUUGGAAACAAAGACUUUGAACUAGAUGUUUUGGAAGAAGCAUACACGACAGAACAUUGGCUGGUUCGUAUUUACAAAGUUAAAGAUCUGCCAAAUCGAGGAGUUUAAGUUUCAACGAUUGUAUCUUCCUUUUCUGUAUCUUAAAAUUAGUAUUAAUUGAAAUGAUUAUUUUUUCUUUUUUUGUAUGAACUUACUAAUAUAUACUUUGUCUUCUAAA